AAGUCUGCUUUACAGUAACAAAAAGUUGAAAGCAAACAUUAAACAUUAAAAUAAAAAAGGCACUUUUCGAUUGAAAAAUCGGUCAAAAUCAAAGCAACGAAAAAUAAAAUGAUUGCGUCACUGAUUGUGCAUUAUUUGAAACGUUUUUAACUCUAAAACAAAUUUUUUCUCCCGUUAAAAAUCUUGUACUUUUUUCUACAGUAAGCCGGUAAAAGCAACAAAAUUUCGCUGAAAUAAAUUGGAAAAUUUGGCGUGCACUUUGCGCGAGUGUAGCGAUUCUGAUAGGAGGGGGGCAGAGAUUGGCAAAACUAAACUGGAAAAGUGAAAAAGUAUAGUGCAACAAAGUUGGGUGAAGUGAAGACGAAAGAAAGACGUGGGUAGUCGUAAACAAAAACAGUGCAUUCGUUGCAGUUUGAUACAGAGAAGCUUGUAAUCACGUAGUUUCGAUACUCUGCACCACGAUUCAGCCAGCGGCCGGUAUUCGCGAACGUGUUCCGUUGACAAAAAUAUUGCCGCCUCUAUUGCUCACACGGAAGUCGAAGCGGCGGAAGUGUGUAUAUCCAAGCGGGAGCACAUUAGUGCGCGUCUAUUAAUUCGUUUUGUUUUGAUAGUUUUCGCUUAGCGGUGCGUGCAUAGGUAAGAGUGAGACAAUACCAUAAUCGUAGGGUGCACACUUUGACAGCGAAACAGAGUGGAAACGUCGUAAAAGGCAGAAAGAAAUUCGCCUUAACUAGGACGGACUUUUUUCGCUUAGACCAUUUUGAAAAAAUAAAACAUGGCUGGUAGAGGCAGCAUCGAUCAUUCAAGGAACUUUGGAGACCGUCCAGGAAAGCAAUUACCAACGGAGCCUCCAUUCAUUGCAUAUGUAGGAAACUUGCCACAGGGACUAGUACAAGGCGAUGUGAUUAAAAUUUUCCAAGAUUUCGAGGUAAAAAAUGUACGUUUGGUUAAAGACCGAGAAACGGAUCAAUUCAAAGGAUUCUGUUACGUGGAAUUUGAAACGUUGGAUAACCUAGAACGCGCUUUGGAAUGCGACGGACGCAUUAAAUUAGAUGACUUAUCUGCACCGUUAAGAAUUGAUAUAGCCGAUCGCAGGAAAAACGAACGGGGUGGAGCUACCGGUGGUGGCGGUUUCAACAAACGAGGCCCGCCCAGACAAGGUGGUGCUACCGGGGGCAGCGGUGGUGGUGGUGGUGGCAAUCACCAAUUCAAUCGUGGUGCCGGUGGUGGUAAUCGUGGAGAUAAUAGAGGUUCGUACAAUGAUAAUUAUGGUCACAACGAUAGAAAUCGCGGCGGAGGCGGCGGCGGCAGCGGUGGUGGUGGUGGCAUGAAUAGAGGAUACAACGAUCGUCCAGCGAAUCGUGGUCGUUAUGGCAAUUUCAACAAUGAUGAUCGUUUCGAGCGAAAUCAUGAUCGCAAUAAUCGCGAAGGAAGCUUUGGCGCUCAAAGUCGAGAUGGCGGAAACGAUCGCUACAACAAUUUCAGUCGUAAUAGAGGUGAACGCGAGCGUACACACUUUAAUCCCAGUCAUAAUGAAAGACCCGCACCGGCUCCGGCUCCGUUAGGCAGUAUAGAUGACAGCGAGAGGCCACGGUUAAAUUUGAAACCACGAACCAUUCAAGCGCCCAUCAAUGCGCUGGCAGAGACAAAGCAGGCGGCUGCGAUCUUUGGCAAUGCCAAGCCUCGCGAAGAGAAAUUCAAGGAACCAGAGAACGAUACUAAGGAGCACGACGAUGUAGAUGAAUAAAGAGAGAGUGAGAAGAGAGUCGUUUUGUCGUAUAAUUGAAAUAAAAAAGAAAACUAAAAGCAGUAAACAGAAAGAAAACCAGACAAAGAAUAAAACUUCAAUACAAAUUGCUAUAAACAUUAAAAACUUUAUAUGAUAAAACUUAGCAGCAGUAACAUCAGCAAAUAGCAAAUGCAAACAUCAAAAAUAAAAUCAUUUUUUUUUCUCAAGUGGCAUCUUUUGCGAAAAUGGAAGUGAAAAUAAAAGGGGAAAAGGAUAUUUGAUUAAAGCGGACAAGGAGAAAAAACGUGCGAAUUGAAAUAAAUAAAGAAAAAACGAGCGAAAAGUAAUUGUGCAACACGAGUAAAGACUCUCAAACAAAAUAAAUAAAUAAAAGAAAAGAAAAUUACUAAAACUAAAUUGACGUUAACGCGAAAAUAGAAAGCAUCAGCAUCGACUGACUGAGAGCAAAAGCAAAGUUAAUAUUACAGAGCGAAAACACGAAGUUAACGGGCGCGAGUGAAUUUAACAAGGGACUUGUUAAACAAGCUAGCUAGCAGGCCUAGUAAAGUCUAGUGGGUUUGGUAUUGUGGGAAACGAAGCGACGCGUGGGUGGCGAUUGCGGACAUAACAUUCGUUUGCGGACAUUGUAAAACUUGUGACGGCAAAGAGUUUAAGGCAGAGAGGAAAGGUGUAUGCAAAUGAAAAUCGAAAUUAAUUGGAAUUAAACAACUAGAUAUUUUAAAAUAAAGGAGUAAUGCAACAAAAAAACUGAAUAAUUUAAAACUUAAUGCAAAGCGGAACGCAAAAUAUAAAAAAGCCUAUGUUAAGAAUAUAUUUAAAUAAACUUAUUAAUACUAUACACAUAUAUUAUAGAGUUCUAGACUACCACAGAUAACUGAAAAGCGGAAAGCGAAAAGAAAAAAGAAAAAGAGUAAAAAGCAAUAAGAUGGAAAAAUUUGAGUAAAUUAAAGAAAUUAAAGUAAAAACCCGAUCCGAGGUAGAAAAAGCAGUCAAAAUAAAUAAUUAAUCCCUUCCCUCCUCAAAUUAGAAAAAGAAAAAAGGCAAUUAACAUAAAAGCAAAGCGCUACACACGUUAAGGAAAAAACACACGCAUACAUAACAACAAAUUAUAUUAAUUAUAUUUAAAUUUAAUAUAAAUAUAUGUAAUAAACUACUCUAAUAUAAAUAUUUGCAUCAUACAUACAAACAAAAACAUAUUAUAUUACAUUUUACAUGUGACCACAGUAAGAACUGUGACUAAACGACUUGAAUGUGAAAACAAAUAACAGUAAAGUAAUAAAGUAAAUAGAAACAGCAGAACAUCGUAUUGUCCACACAGAACGAAUUACAGAGCAGAAAGAAGUUGAAAAUUGAAGGAGAGGAGGAAAAUAUAACUAAAUAGAAAAACUAAAAGAAGAGCGAAAAACAGUAAAGUAACUAGAGAGAGGGUCUUUUAGUAGAGCAGUUAAGAAAACAGUGAACAGAUAAAUAUUUGAAUAAGAGAAAUUCAAGCUUGCUAGCCUUAAGCUCAGCUCUAAACAAAAUCAGUAAUUUCUGAAACUAUAUAUCAUCCCUUCUGAUUUUUAAACUACCAAAAUACGGUUACAUUUGCCAAUAAAUAUAAAUAAAUAGUUUUUUUACUAUAUCAAAGCUGCUUGCUAAAUCCUUUUUUUACUCAAUCGCAAUUGUUUCUGUGCGCCUCCGCAGGAUUUGAAAUUUGUCACUAUCUUCCGCCUGGCUUUUGCCAAACACCGGGCAGCAAAUAAAUACAAUACAAGUUAUUGCAGCCGACAAUUAAAAAACUCCCAGUGCUAUUGCCAAUAAAACUUCGUCAGCAAACCAGUCACAUUUUCGGGAGUACUCUGCUUAUAUAUACUUCGAGUCUUACUCAGCCUGCAAUAUAUCUACACAUGCGUUUAUAUAUUUACAUAAUUACAAAAUAAGAGAAUACACAAACGUUUUUAUUAUACAGUUUAACUACAAAAUUAUUAUUUGUAUUAAGUAUACCGGAACGCUCACCCGAGACCCCGAUUAAAGAUUUGUUUUCUACUUGCGCACAUCCCAUUAACCCUCGCGUUUGUUUCCCACUAUUUACACCAUUAAAUCCGAUCCACUUUAUGCGGCUGUUCCUUUUAUUUGUCUAAUCAUCCACUUUGCACUCUUGCUAUCUCUGAGUUGUAGUUUAUUAUAUAUAUAUAUUUUUUUUUUAAUUUUAUAUACUUGUUUAUGCAUGUUUGCAGCGCGUUUUUGUUAUAAUAAAAAUUAUGAUUUUUUAUUUACAUUUUUAAUUUCACUCGAAUUAGAGGCAAAAACGAAGCAAGUAAUAUUAAAUUUGCAUAAUUCAAAAACAAAGAAAAUAUUAUAUAAAAGUAAAAGAUAAAGUUAAAGAAAGCAAAGAAAAUAUUUAAAAAUAAAACAAAAGGCAAAUAUAAACGCAUAAAAAAAAUUUUGUACACAGACCAAAGGCGAAAACAGCAGACGGUAAAUCAGUAUAAAAUUUAAUUACAUAAAAAUUAAUACUUAAUUAUUAUUAAUGGUAAUAAUUAAUGGUAAUUAUUAAAGUAAAGUAAAGAAGAAAGAAAAAUACAAAAACACGACAAAAAGUAAAAAACGCAAAAAAUUAAGCAAAAUAAUAAAAAUAACAAUAAAAGAAACUAUAUUGAAUAAUUACUUUUAUAUAAGUAUAUUUAAAUAUACAAAAAGGAUGCAUACAAUUAUUAAUUUUAUGUUUACUAAAUUAAUAAAUACAAUAAUUCAAAAUAAAUCAAA